AUGACGGAUCCUAAAAGGUUUCGGUUGUACAAAAGCAGACCGCGCACUUUCAUCAUUUCAGACAUUUCAAAUGAACCAGAUGACGCAGAAUCCCUCGUCCGAUACUUAUUAUACGCCAACGAACUAGACACCAGAGGGCUGGUAGCAUGCACAUCUACACACAUGAAGAACCGCACCUGCCCGCAGGAUAUGGAGUCUAUCAUUGAGGGUUUUGGAAAAGUGGUUCACAAUUUGAACAAGCACGUUCACUCGGACAAUGCAUACCCAGAUGCAUCGCAUCUUCUCGCCCUUGUCAAGUCUGGCCCGGAGGUCUACGGCAAACUUGCACUGGAGCCAGGUGUCGCCCUGAGCGAAGGCACAAACCUGCUGAUUGAAAGGGUUGAUGAGUCCGAAGAACCACUAUGGAUUCUCUGUUGGGGAGGCACGAAUGUGCUUGCUCAAGCGCUUCAACAUGUACGAGCCAGUCGGUCCAGCGAAGAUUGCACCACAUUCUACUCAAAGUUACGAGUUUAUGCAAUUUCCGACCAGGAUGAUACCGGUUUGUGGAUUCGAAUUCAAUUUCCACAGAUCCUGUACAUCUGCUCCAUUCAUGGUUGGAGCCAGUAUUCCUGUGCAACGUGGAUGGGGAUAUCUGGGGAUGUGGAUCGAGGGGGAGCAGAUACUACCAAGGUAUCAAAACAAUGGCUAAGAGAAAAUAUACAACUAGGUCCACUGGGGCAGAAAUACCCGGACUUGGAAUUCAUCAUGGAGGGCGAUACUCCAACCUUCUUGUAUCUCAUCCAAAACGGACUGAGUGCACCCGAACAUCCAGAAUGGGGCAGCUGGGGAGGGCGAUAUGAUCCUGUGGAUUUGGCGUUGGCAGGAAGGCAUUACGCUGAUACGACGGAUACAGUGUUCGGUUUAGAUGGGAGGUCGUACACGUCCAACUUUGCCACGAUCUGGAGAUGGAGGGACGCUUACCAAAACGACUUUGCAGCGCGACUGCAGUGGACACUGACUGACAAUAUUUCCAAAGCUAAUCAUGCCCCAGUAGUAAUCGUAAACGGGAGCGAUGGCUCCGAACAUCUGGAGAUAGAUGUAGAAGCGGGUGAAACGGUAACGCUCGACGCUUCAGAAUCCUACGAUCCGGAUAACAAUGAGUUGACGUUUCGGUGGUUCCAAUAUAAAGAAGUUUCUGUUGCUACUGGACUAAUACCCCAACAAAUUCCGGACAUCGACAUGAGGGAUAUAGGAUCGCAACGUACUGGAAGCAUUGUAGAAAUCACAGCUCCUCUCCCAGGGGUAUGUGCGGUGGACAUGUUGAGUGGAGAACCUACGAAAGUUGGACACUCGUAUCAUUUAAUCCUAGAAGUGAAGGACAACGGCACGCCACCGCUAGUGGCAUAUAAACGAGUUGUUCUUCGGACUUUGAACAGCCAACUUAAAGGCAGAAGAUCACAGGCUGUACAUACAUCAUCAGAGUGGAUAAAGCUCGGGCUCACUCAGUGA